AUGGCGACAAACUUUGACUUAAACGAUUUAACUGUAGAACAACUUAUGGCCCUCAGCGAGAUAGUUGAUGAUAGUGAUGUUAGUGACAUUGAUGACAAAGUUGAGGAAAUAUUUACGGAUGAGUUCUAUCGAGUUGCACCUAAGGAUAAGGGCAAAGAUCCCUUUGAAGGACAAAUACUAUUCAUAGACGAAGGCGACCGUUCUACGGAUUCUAAGAAACCAAGACGACUCCCACUCAACUAUAAGGGUAGAAGAGGAAUUAUGCCGACAUGGAAGUAUUCCGAGAGACAAAAGGCUAAGGCCUUACUAGUUGAAGAGGCGUACCAGAACCUACUAAGUAGGGGAGUCAAAGGUUUACCACCAACAAUGGGAGGAAGAUGGCGAACAGACGAUCCUCAGGUAAAUGCUGAAAUUAAGAGACUUGAAAACCUUAGGAAUCCCAAGCGUCCUAGAGGUAGACCACCAAAGGCCAAGGCUGAUGGUGAAGUAAAGGUUCCUAGAGGAAGACCAGUAAAACCCAAGACUGAUGCUAAAGUUGUGAUUCCCAAAAAGCGUGGAAGACCACCGAAGUCUAAGUCCAACGCUGAAGUUGUGAUUCCCAAAAAGCGUGGAAGACCACCGAAGACUAAGGUAGCCGAAACACCAAAACCUAAGGCCAAAAGGCAAACCGUUGCUGAAAGAUUCAUAAGUCAAAACAGGAUUAAACUUUCAGUUCCUGCAAAUAGUGUUAUUACUCCAACAGGUCCAGGUAAGUUCACAAUCCACGUGAAUCUUAAUAAGAAACCCACAAGGAAAGCUCCUGAAGUACCAAAGGGUGUAGCUCCCUGGAAACCAACACCUAAACCUAGGGAAAGGCCAAUUCCUAAACCGAGAACUAUAUUUCCUAGGGAAAAACCCACUCCUAAACCGAGAACUAUAUUUCCUAGGGAAAAACCUGUUCCUAAACCAAGAACCACGAAACCAGUGGCUCCUCCAAAGCUACGAAAGCCUGUAAAAGUGUAUAAGGAAGUUAACGAACAGCCUGUAGUGGUCACACCUAAGGAACAUGAAAUAGAUCCAUUCGGAACAUAUCUCGAAAAGCCAUCCCAUAGGAAAAUUGAGACUGCCGCAAAUGGUGCUGCUGUAACUUACUCAAUUACUCCACAUUAUACGGAUCCCCUGGACCAGAUGACAGCAAGUAGGCAGGUGGUGAGAGAAAUUCUAGUGAACGGGCUGAAGAGAAUGGGAGGGCUGAAAUACACCGAGACAAUAAAGGUAAGAAUGUCAAAGGAGAUCGGUAAUGAUAAGACAAAGAAGGAUUCGAUAUACUUCAAGUCUAAAACUGGAACAGCGACUAACUUUGAGGAUAUCGAAAGUACAGCCGCCCAGAACCAACUGACAAUCCUAUCCAGAAUCGAAACCUUCCAGAACUUAGGUUCAAAUUGGAUUAUUCUGAAUAUUGAAAGCCAUUACGUUAAUAUUGCAAUGUAUAAACCUCUAAAGGGUAGUUCAUAUAUGAAAUUACCCGCAGAUAUUAGUAAUCCGAAAUGUGGUCUCAUCAACAUGAAAAAUAACGACAACAAAUGUUUUAUGUGGAGUCAUGUGUGA